AUGUUAAACAUUAAACCCAACCAAAAUCUCAUAGUCGACCUUAACAUAUCUCACUAUAACGCCGUGAUUAAGCCUUUAAUCGAGUGUCUGAGAUUUUCACCAUUGAUGAAGGCGAUGACAAUGUAUGAAGUUGUUCUUCUUGUUCAUUUUUCUAAAGCUUAUUCAACGACCAUCUACAACAAGAUCGGGGAAAUCAUUAACUUUGAAGUUUCAAGCCAGAAAACUUCGAUAAGGAAAACCAGUUUCUGCAAACUGCUAGGGCUUGUUUCCUUUGACGUAGGUGUUGAUCCUGAGUCCAUUCCGAUAAGAAGCUUGAUAGAUAUGUUCUUUUAG